AUGGCUAACGAGUCGUUGGUAAUCGAAGCGAAUCUAAACAGUCUGAGCGAUUACAGCCUGCAAUUGAAUCGAUGGUUCCUGAAACCUAUAGGCGCUUGGCCGCCGUUGUCACUCACAUCUAAACUCGAACGAAUCGUUUCCUACGCUUUGAUCGUCAUCUGCUACUGCUCCAUACUGUUCACCGUAAUCCCUUGCUUGUUUCAUCUCGUUCUGGAGGACGAGAGUAUCCGUACGAAAGUGAAGGUGUUCGGUCCUCUGAGCCAUUGGUUCGUCGGAGGAAUUAACUACACCACACUGUUGCUACGCAGCAAAGAGAUACGCGGUUGCGUAGAGCACAUGCAAACAGAUUGGAGGAUCGUGACCAGACCGGAGGACAAGCAGGUGAUGUUGAAGAACGCGAGGAUCGGUCGUUACAUUGCUAUAUUCUGCGCGGCGUUCAUGCAAUGCGGUGUUCUCGGCUACUGUGUGAUAACGGCGUUCACUAUGCAGACCGUGGAAGUCGGUAACGAGACUAGGAUCGUACAUCUGUUGCCCUGUGCAGUUUACAAGAAGAUGAUCGCAGUUGAUACCAGCCCGACGAACGAGAUUGUCCUUGUUUCACAGUUCGUAUCAGGAUUCAUCGUGAAUUCGAGCGUCGUCGGUGCUUUCAGCCUUGCCGCCGUGUUCGCGGCUCACGCGUGCGGACAGCUGAGCGUGCUGAUGAUGUGGAUCAAGGAGUUUGUGAACCGAUCCAGAGAUAGCAAUAAGAACGUUUGCUUCGAUAAGAUUGGCGUGGUCGUUGAACAUCAUCUGAGAGUUUUGAGCUUCAUAGCACGUAUCGAAAGUGUAAUGAGCGAAAUUUGCUUCAUGGAGUUGUUCAAGUGUACUAUGGAUAUAUGCGUGCUUAGCUAUUAUAUCCUUACGGAAUGGACUGAUCACGAUUUUCAGAGUCUAACCACGUAUUUCAUGAUACUUAUAUCCAUGACUUUUAACAUUUUUAUAGUAUGUUACAUCGGCGAAAUAUUAACGGAGAGGUGUAAAAAAAUUGGCGAGGUAGUUUACAUGACGAACUGGUACUAUUUACCCGGCAAAGAUAUCCUCGAUCUGAUUUUGAUCAUCUCAAGAUGCAGUGUUGUGAUUAAAAUCACCGCUGGCAGGAUAGUUCCCAUGUCUGUGUACACGUUCGGCGAUGUGAUGAAAAGUGCGUUCGCGUACUUAAAUAUGCUACGACAAACGACAUGA